AGAUAUUAUGAGGCUGUUGUCAUUAGGGCGAUUGCUGUUGAAUCACUGAAUCCUGAAUCGGCGGCGGCGCGGGGCCGGGUGUGUGUGAGUGCGUGUGUGUGUGCGUGUGUGUGUGCGCGCGUGAGUGCGUGUGCGUGUGUCCGCGUGUGAGAGUGUGUGUGUGUGCCCCCGUGCCUCUAUGUGGCUGUGUGUGCGUGUGCGGGUGUGGAUGCGUGCGCGGUGCGUGUGCCCUUUCCUCCCUUCUUCCUCCCUUUCUUUCUUUUCUCCUUGAUUUAUCUCCCCCUCUCCCCGGUCAUCCCAUGGUGUUCAGGUCCCCGCUAGAGCUUUAUCCCACCCAUUUCUUCUUGCCAAACUUCGCCGCCGACCCGCACCACCGCUCCCUCCUUCUCGCCAGCGGCGGCGGCGGCAGCGGCAGCGGCUCGGGCUGCAGCCCCGGUGCCGGCGGCGGUGGAGGCGGCAGCUCCCGGGCACCCCACGAAGAGUUGUCAAUGUUUCAGCUGCCCACACUCAACUUCUCCCCGGAGCAAGUAGCCAGCGUCUGCGAGACGCUGGAGGAGACUGGAGACAUAGAGAGGCUGGGGAGGUUCCUCUGGUCACUGCCGGUGGCGCCGGGGGCAUGCGAGGCCAUCAACAAGCACGAGUCCAUCCUCCGCGCCCGGGCGGUGGUGGCCUUCCACACGGGCAAUUUCCGAGACCUCUACCACAUCCUGGAGAACCACAAAUUCACCAAGGAGUCCCACGGCAAGUUGCAGGCCAUGUGGCUCGAAGCGCACUACCAGGAGGCCGAGAAGCUAAGGGGUCGCCCGCUGGGGCCGGUUGAUAAAUACAGGGUGAGGAAGAAGUUUCCGCUGCCCAGGACCAUUUGGGAUGGCGAGCAGAAGACGCACUGCUUCAAGGAGAGGACUCGCAGCCUCCUGAGGGAGUGGUACCUGCAGGACCCUUACCCCAACCCCAGCAAGAAAAGGGAACUGGCUCAGGCCACGGGGCUCACCCCCACGCAAGUAGGCAACUGGUUCAAAAACCGAAGGCAACGAGACAGAGCAGCGGCGGCUAAAAACAGGCUCCAGCACCAGGCGAUAGGACAGAGCGGCAUGCGGUCGCUGGCAGAGCCCGGCUGCCCGACACACAGCUCGGCCGAGUCUCCGUCCACGGCGGCCAGCCCGACCACCAGCGUCUCCAGUUUGACAGAAAGAGCCGAGACGGGCACCUCCAUCCUCUCGGUAACCUCCAGCGACUCGGAAUGUGAUGUAUGAUAUCGGAAAACAAACAAACAAAAAAUCCAAAUCCAAACAGCCAAGCACCCUCUCCCCGACCUGAGCAAAACAAACCGAGGCAACCUAGAAUCAGGACACACACACGCAUGCACGCACACACACAGCCAGGAGGAAAGAAAAGGCCAAACACGACCCAAACAUAAUAGCAAACAAACAGGGAUCAGAGAAUCCACCACCACCACCGUCAGCCAACACCACCACCAAGAGAUGGAGCU